AUGCCUCCGCCGUCACUGCUGCGCCCUCCUUUCUCCCUACUCCUCCGCCGCUCCCAAACUCCAUCCCCUCUCCGACGAAUCCCCAGAUUCAGCCCGUCCCCUCUGCCCAAGCGGCGGCACCUCUCCCUCUCCGCCGCGCAGCUCGCGAACCCGCUCGUCGCCGCAGGGGUGGAGGAGGCGGUGGCGGGCUUCGUCGCCGGCAAGCGCAAGGCCACCGAGGUAGCCCACGCGGUGUGGAGAAGUAUCGUUGGGAAAGGAGAUGCAGUGGUUGAUGCCACCUGCGGGAAUGGCAACGAUACGCUCGCUCUGCUCAAGAUGGUGGCUGAUGAAAGCGGGCGAGGGCGUGUCUAUGGACUGGACAUCCAAGAGUCCGCGAUAGAUAGCACUUCCUCUUUUCUGAAAAUGGCCGUCGACAGCCAUGAGAGGGAGCUAGUCAAAUUGUUUUGCAUAUGUCACAGUAGAAUGGAGGAUAUUAUUCCGAAAGAUUCUACUGUCAGGCUUGUAGCAUUCAAUCUGGGCUACCUUCCAGGAGGAGAUAAAAAAAUAAUCACAGUACCUGAGACAACUGAGCUGGCACUACAAGCUGCCAGCAGAAUUGUUGGCUCAGGGGGACUCAUAAGUGUCCUUGUCUACACUGGGCAUCUGGGUGGAAGGGAUGAACUCGAUAUUGUUGAAUCAUUUGCGUCAAGCUUGCCUGCUGAUACAUGGGUGAGCUGCAAGUUUGAAAUGAUUAACAGGCCAGUUGCUCCAGUACUAGUUCUCCUGCACAAGAAAUGAUUGCAGUCCCACUGAAGCUCCACAAGUUUGGG